AUGGCAGAUUCAGUGAAGGUAAUUCCAGAAAGCAUGGAUGAGAAAAGGUUUAGCCGUGUAGAUUCCCUUCAAUUGGAGGCUGGAAAAGUCUCCAACCUAAGCCACAAAGAAAAGCUUGUUUGUAUCAUGGACGACGAGCAGAAAGCGAGUUGGGGAACGACAUUGAGCUUAGCAUUCCAGUGCAUUGGAGUUGUGUAUGGAGAUAUCGGCACAUCUCCACUGUAUGUGUAUUCUAGCACAUUCACAAACGGAAUCAAUAACAAACAGGACUUACUUGGGGUCUUGUCUCUCAUCAUUUACACUCUCACACUUCUAACCUUGAUUAAAUAUGUUUUUAUUGUCUUAAGGGCCAAUGACAAUGGUGAUGGGGGAACUUUUGCGGUCUAUUCCAAGAUAUGCCGCCAUGUUAAGGUGAGCUUAAUUCCAAAUUAUCAGCAAGAGGAUGCAGAGCUGUCCAACUAUAGCAUAGAAGUCCCUACUAAGAAUAUGAAGAUAGCUGAGUUUGUUAAAGAGAUUAUGGAGAACAGUCGAGUACUUCAUGUCCUGCUGUUCCUGUGUGCUAUCAUUGGUACUUCUAUGGUGAUGGGAGAUGGGGUUCUCACUCCAGCAAUUUCAGUGCUUUCUGCAGUGGGUGGAAUCACAAUAGCAGUGCCAACACUUAGUCAAGGUGCCGUCGUUGGAAUUUCUAUAGUGAUCUUGGUCCUUCUCUUUGUAUUUCAACGAUAUGGAACAGACAAAGUUGGUUUUACAUUUGCCCCUAUGAUUUGCUUAUGGUUUGUUUUCAUUGGUGGCAUCGGCCUCUAUAACUUAAUUAAGUAUGAUAUUGGUAUCUUACGUGCGUUCAAUCCAAAAUACAUCAUUGAUUAUUUCAGAAGAAAUGGCAAAGAUGGAUAUAUAUCCCUUGGAGGGGUUCUUUUGUGCAUCACAGGAACGGAAGCAAUGUUUGCAGACUUGGGUCACUUCAAUGUCCGAGCCGUUCAAAUUAGUUUUGGUGGAUUUGUGUAUCCUGCAUUACUAUUCGCUUACAGUGGGCAAGCUGCAUAUCUCAGUAAAUUCCCCGAAAAUGUUGCAAAUACUUUCUAUAAGAGUAUUCCUGGUCCUUUAUACUGGCCACAAUUUGUUAUAGCUGUUAUCGCAUCUGUUAUUGCAAGCCAAGCUAUGAUCUCUGGAGCAUUCUCAAUCAUAGCUCAAUCCCAAAGUCUUGGAUGCUUCCCAAGGGUUAAGGUGAUUCACACUUCAAAGAAGUAUGCAGGUCAGGUUUAUAUCCCUGAAGUUAACUAUGCACUCAUGAUCGGCUGCAUCAUUGUCACAGCUGCCUUCCAGAGUACAACAAACAUCGGCAAUGCAUAUGGUAUUUGUGUUGUUACUGUAAUGGUGAUCACAACAUCUUUGGUUAGUCUCAUAAUGCUAGUCAUAUGGAAAAUAUCCAUUCUGUGGAUUGGCCUCUUCUUUGCGAUUUUUGCUGCAAUAGAGGUAAUAUAUCUAUCCUCUGUGGUAUAUAAGUUUGUACAAGGCGGAUGGCUUCCACUGGCGUUUGCUGCAGUUCUUGUGACCAUUAUGUGGACAUGGCAUUAUGUUCACAAAGAGAGAUAUAUGUUCGAGCUGGAAAACAAGGUCUCUAGUGAUUUUAUAAGAGAUUUGGCCAUGAACCCAAAUAUAAACAGGGUACCAGGAAUUGGACUUCUGUAUUCUGAGCUUGUUCAAGGCAUCCCGCCAAUAUUUCCUCACUUCAUUUCAAACAUACCAUCCAUCCAUUCAGUUCUAGUGUUUGUCUCUAUAAAGCACAUCCCAGUCCGUACAGUGGAAAUGGAGGAACGUUUUCUAUUCCGUCAGGUUGAGCCCCGUGAGUACCGGAUGUUUCGCUGUGUUGUUCGAUAUGGCUAUAAGGAUGUCUUUGAUAAACGAGAGGAGUUUGAGCAACAGCUAGUCCAACACUUGAAAGAAUUUAUUCGUCAUGAAAACUUAAUGCACAACGAGGAUUUAAUAGAACAGCAAUCAACGAACUCUUCAGGCAGAAUUGUCAGUUCCGGCUUCGUUAGCGGACCAAUCCUUGGAGCGGAGGAUGAGACACAGUUCAUCGAAAAAGCAAUGGAGAAAGGAGUGGUGUAUCUCUUGGGCGAACCAGAAGUGAUGGCAAAACCAGAAUCCUCAUUCUUGAAAAAGAUCAUUGUCAAUUAUUUCUAUAACUUCUUGAGGAGGAACUUUAGGCAAGGACAAGACAUAAUGUCCAUUCCACGGACAAAGGUUCUCAAAGUCGGAAUGAUAUAUGAGAUUUGAGAUUUUCCAUGAUCUUCCCUGAACUGCAAAUGAUAUAUUAGUCUAGUGUUGAUCACUAAAAGAGAUGAAGCGAAUAAGAUCAUGCAUGGAUUAAUCCA